AUGGGCGCAGCGCGGGGGGUCCUGCAACGCCGGGUGCGGGCUUGCAUUUCUCGUCCCGGUGUUGUAUCUGGUAGAGUCAUUUAUCCAUCAUUGUGGUUGUCUUCGUCCUUGUCAUCGUCGUCAUCAUCCAUUCCGACGCGGAGUUCUCCCCGCACGACGGUGUCUCCGCUCCGUGAGGGGAGGCGGUUGCCUACGCCUGUGAUGGCGGGUGCGGGUGCGGGUUACUCGACUGAUGCUGGUGCUUCUGAGGGCCAGGAGCAGGAGACGCAGGUGCAGAUCUCGCAGGGGGAGGAUGCGGAGCAGGUUCAGGGGGGAUUGAAACCGUUGCUUGAGAAGGGGUGGGUGUUGGAUGGGGAGGGGAUGGGGAUCCAGAAGACGUUCUAUUUUCGGUCUUAUUUCAAGGCUGUGAGCUUUGUGAAUGUGGUUGCGUCGCAGAGCGCGAUAAAGAAGCAUCAUCCUACCAUGACUGUUAGGAUUGGAAGUGUGGAUGUGCAUUGGACGACGCAUAAUCCGCGAGGACUGUCGUCGAAAGACAUUGCAAUGGCGCAGCAUUGUGAGGAGGGAGCGGAGUUGAUGGGGGCUGUUGCCGAGGCGCAGGGGAAGAAGUGUGCGCUACCCUCGGUGACUUUGCUGGGAACUCCUUCGCGUGAGCGCGAAGCCUAG